GUAGAUCAUCAGGAACUGUUAACACACGGACGCUGGCUGCUGUUUCCGCCGGACGUCGGACACUGACGGACCGAACACCCGCGGUGCGCUUCAAACUUAUUCCGCUGAACCUUUCACCGACUUCAGGAUUUCAUUCACGGCCACAGCUCCACAUGAAGUUUCGAGGGAAAAUCAUAGACGUCGCAUGUCUCAACCACUUCACCCGAGUCAUCACCACCAUCUCAAAGCUGACGAAGAUGUGCGUCCUGCGCCUGACUCCGGACAACCUGUUCUUCGUUCUGUCUGGUAAAGUGGCCAACGGAGGGGUCAGCAUGUGGUGUGAGCUGUCACAGGCCAACUUCUUUGAUGAGUACCAGAUGGAGGGUGUGUCCUCUGAGGACAAUGAGAUUUGUCUGGAGGUGACUCCUGAGAACCUGUCCAGAGCCCUGAAGACGGUCCAGAACGCCAAGGCCGUCAAAGUUAAACUGACCAAGAAGCACUGUCCCUGCCUCACCGUCGCUGCAGAGCUGCCCACCCUGUCCAGCAUCAGCCGAGUCGUCACCCAUGACGUCCCGGUCGACGUCAUCCCCCGGAAACUCUGGCAUGAAUUCAAAGAGCCGAGCAUGCCAGACUUUGAUGUCAGUAUCUACCUGCCUCCUCUGAAGACUAUGAAGAACGUUGUGGACAGGAUGAAGAACCUGUCCAACUUCCUGGUAAUUGAGGCCAACCUGAGCGGAGAGAUGAACCUGAAGAUUGAGACAGAUCUGGUUUCUGUCACCACUCACUUCAAAGACCUGGGAAAUCCUCCGUGGGGGGACGACGCCUCACAGGACAGCAACGCAUCUCAGGCCAUGGCUGAGGCCAGAGUAGACAUCAGGAGGCUGCAACAGUUCCUCAUGGGACAGCAGGUCAACCCCAGCAAGGCCAUGUGCAAUAUCGUCCAUCAGACCGUCGUCCACCUGAUUCUGCUGCAUGAAGACGUGUCGCUCCAGUAUUUUAUCCCUGCUGUAGCAUAGACGACCUGCACACUGCACGAGUUGUUUCUGCUCACUG